CAACUAGCAAGGGCAAACAAAUCGAAUUGCAUUUGACAGCAUUCCAAGCAAUGGAAAAUGUACGUUUAGCCCCGUCAGACAGUGACGAGGAUUUGUACUCUGGUUAUAAUGAAUAUCCAUCAGCAUUUAGUACUAAAGAUUUAGAACAAGAUGAAGUUUUUCAAGAAGCUGUUCGAACAAGCUAUGGCAAGCGCCCUGUUAUUCAUGAUGGAACUGGUACAGCUUUUCGUCCAGUAACAGGUACACAGGAUGGACUGAAUAGACCUAUGACCGCAGUUCGUGGUGCAGGGUACACAAGUCAACGCCCAACCACAGUAUUUGAUCCUUUAAAUCAAGCAUCUAAAUUACCCACUCAGUUGGAGUCAAAGAAGGAAGAAUUGCCAGAAGAAAAAAUAAAGAAACUAGAGCGCCGGAUAAUGGAGUUAAUUGAAGAAGCUUGUGUUGCAAAUAGCCAUGGAGAUCACAGAAGUGCUCUUGACAAGGCAAAAGAGGCUUCAAGUAAAGAGAGAAGUUUGAUUCGAAUGCAGGAGCAAGCAGGCUUGAGCGAAACACACAAUUUGGAUCUCACGUUUUCAGUACUUUUCAACUUAGCAAAUCAGUAUGCAGUAAAUGAAAUGUAUUCUGAAGCAUUAAACACAUAUCAAGUAAUAACAAAAAAUCGGAUGUUUAAUAAUGCUAACAGAUUGAAAAUCAAUAUGGGGAAUAUCUACUUCAAACUAGGUCAAUACCCAAAGGCUGUGAAAAUGUAUCGAAUGGCACUGGACCAAGUACCUAAUACACAUAGAGAACUUAGAAUUAAAAUCAUGCACAAUAUUGGUAUACUUUUUGUUAAAAUGGGACAGUUCAAUGAUGCCUGUUCUAGUUUUGAAUAUAUUAUGCAAGAGAAACCUGAAUUUACCACAGGCCUUCAUCUUAUUCUUUGUCAUUACGCUUUGGGAGAUAAGGAAAAGAUGAAAAGAAGUUUCCAAAUGCUGCUUGAAGUUCCUUUGAAUGAUGAUCCUAGAUCUAAUUUACUUUUGGAAGUCAUUAAAAAUGACUCCCUUUGCAAAAUUGAACGACAAAUGAGAGAAGAAGCCGAAAGAAGUAUUCUGACUGCAGCAAAGCUAAUAUCACCAGUAAUAGAAGAUUCAUUCAGUUCAGGAUAUGAUUGGUGUGUUGAUGCAAUAAAAGCUUCAGUGUAUGCAUCAUUAGCUAAUGAUUUAGAAAUUAAUAAGGCUGUAAUGUAUUUGAAACAAAAAGAUAUCUCUCAUGCCAUUGACACAUUAAAAUCUUUUGAAAAGAAGGAAACUAAGGUUGCCAGUACUGCAGCCACAAAUUUGGCUUUCAUUUACUUUUUGCAAGGUGAAAUAGAAAAGGCUGAAAAAUAUGCUGAACAAGCAAGAGAAGCAGAUGCCUAUAAUUCUGCAGCAUUUGUGAAUCUUGGAAAUUGUUGCAUGGUCAAAGGAGAUCUGGAGAAAGCAAAAGAAUUAUUCAUAUGCGCUUUGGAGAAUGAUGCAUCUUGUGUGGAAGCGCUCUACAAUUUAGGUUUAGUAAAUAAACAAAAAGGAUUGUAUGACGAAGCUUUAGAAUGCUUUCACAAACUCCAAAGCAUUGUUAAACAUCAUCCUGAAGUACUUUUCCAGUUGGCACAUUUGUAUGAGCUUGUUGGAGAUGUUGAUCAAGCUACUGAAUGGUACUUACAACUUAUUGGACUAGUACCAAGUGAUCCUAAUGUUCUACAGAAGAUGGGAGAAAUGUUUGAUAAUGAAGGUGACAAACAGCAAGCAUAUCAGUAUCAUUUUGAUUCUUACAGGCAUUUUCCUUCGAACUUUGAAGUUAUUGAUUGGCUUGGUUCCUACUUCAUUGAAAUGCAAGUUGCAGAGAAAGCUAUUGGAUAUUUUGAGAGAGCUUCACUCAUGCAUCCUGGUGAAGUGAAGUGGAAACUCAUGAUUGCUUCUUGUCACCGACGUAGUGGGAAUUACCACCAAGCUCUCAAUACUUACAAAGAAAUUCAUAAAGCUUUUCCUGAGAACAUUGAAUGUCUCAAGUUCUUGGUACGUAUAUGCAGUGAUCUUGGUCUUGAAGAAGCUACAGAAUAUGCUCAGGCAUUAAAGAAAGCUGAAAAGGCAAAAGAAGUUCGUGAAAGAAUUGGAAGCAGUCGCCCAGGAUCACGACACAGUGGCAGUGCCUUGUCAUCUCGCGGUGGAUCUGCAGUAAUGGGGACUAGUCCCAUAAGUGAUGUCGGGUCUUCAUUUUCUGCUGGUCACAGAGGAGGUAUUAGUCCAGGAUCUCGCAGUCUCCAUGGAUCAGAUAUAAAGCUGGGGAAAAUAAUUGGUGAUGGUGACUUCGAAUUCACUCCAACAAGUCAAAAGGAUAUUGGUGAGCAAAGAGAUUGA